AUGGGAUCAGAGAGAGAAAAGGCCUAUUGUAUUCACGGCAACACGAAUUAUAAGGAAAUCAACACCACCAACGGAAAAACUAUAAUAGGGACGGUAUUCGGAGGUACGAUGGACGCUAAGAUAGCGUCAGUGCCAGCAGGUAAAACAUUUACAGACUACCAGCAAUUGUACAAUGGUAUUGCUAAGAAAUUGAAAGGAGAUGAUCAUGUGGACCAAGGAUCCGGUAGGUACGGCUUGUUGACUCGUCUUGCCUGGCAUGCUUCUGGUACGUACGACGAAGAGACAAACACAGGAGGAUCAUAUGCUGGUACUAUGAUCUAUGAACCUGAAGCAUCAGACAGUGAAAAUUCUGGAUUGGAGGUUGGCAGAGACUUUUUGGUGGAGUUCAAGUAUGAAUAUCCGUGGGUAAGUAGAGGUGACUUAUGGACUUUGGGUGGGGUAGUUGCGGUACAAGAGUCAGGUGGACCAAGAAUCAAUUGGAGACCUGGACGUGUGGAUCUGAGUGAUAAGAAUCAGGUGCCUAAGAAUGGAUUAUUGCCAGAUCCCAGCAAAGACGCUUCACACGUGAGAAAUGUUUUUGACAGAAUGGGAUUUAACGACCAAGAGACGGUUGCCUUGAUUGGUGCCCAUUGCUUGGGCCGUUGCCACACAUGGAGAUCUGGAUAUGAUGGCCCAUGGAGUGAUAUGUUUAACAAGUUCACUAAUGACUUCUAUGUUCAAUUGAUGGAGGAUUGGCAUUUGAGGGAAUGGAAUGGUCCCAAGCAAUGGCAGGAUGACGAGUCCAAUGAGUUCAUGAUGUUGCCCACAGACAUGGCUUUGAAGAAAGAUUGUGAUUUUGUCAAGUAUGUGAAGCAGUACGCCACUAACCAGGACUUAUUCUUUGCUGAUUUCUCAAGGGUAUUCACGAAGUUGCUUGAAAAGGGAAUAACGUUCCCUACAGAUUCUGCGUAUUGGAAAUUCGAAACUUUAAAUGAGCAAAACCAAAAUUGA